AUGACUUCAUAUUGGAUUGCAGAACACUACCAGAAUCUGUUUAAGGUUAACCCUUACAUGAGAGUGCAAGAUAUUCAGGAAACCAUUUGGUUAGAAAAGGGUAUAAGGGUGAGCAAAGACAAGGCUGCCAGGGCUAGGGGAAGGGGUCAAGCACUCAUUGUUGGUGAAUACAAAGAGCAGUAUGCAUUACUCCCAAGGUAUGCAGCUGAGAUACUAAGAAGCAAUCCAGGGAACACAGUGAAGUUGAAGUUGGAUGCAAAUGUGUUUGACAGACUGUAUUUGUGUUUUGAGGCACUUAGGAAAGGGUUCUUGGCAGGAUGCAGACCUUUCAUAUCACUUGAUGGAUGUUUCUUAAAGGGACCAUUUGGGGGUCAAUUGUUAGUAGCAGUAGGGAGGGAUGGAAACAAUCAAAUGUUCCCUUUGGCUUGGGCUGUUUGUGAGGUUGAGAGCACUGACACAUGGAGUUGGUUUCUAGAACUUCUAGCUACUGAUUUAGGCACUAGUGAAGGAGCAGGGUACACAUUCAUGUCUGACCAACAAAAGGGUUUACUUGCUGCUGUGUCAAAUGUGUUUCCACAAGCUGAAAGUAGGGUGUGUGCAAGGCAUGUGUACUGUAACUUUAGGGGAGUGUUUGGAGGUGGUUUAGAGUACAGAAAACAAUUCUGGACUAUUGCAAAAAGCAACACAGUAAAUCACUUCAAUGAAAACAUUGAAGUAAUGAGGGGUAUUUCACAUGAAGCUGCUGAAGACCUACUGAAAAGGAACUACAAGAAAUGGUGUAGGGCAUUCUACACUCUAUUAUCUUGUUGUGACAGUGUAGACAACAACAUGAGUGAGGUGUUUAAUGCAUACAUCUUGAGUGCAAGGCACAAGCCUAUUAUUACCAUGUUGGAAGAUAUCAGAGAGGGUUUGAUGGAAAGACUGCAUAAGAAAAGAGAUUUCAUUGGGAAAAAGGAGAUAAUGUUGUGUCCUAGGAUCCAAAUUCAGUUAGAGAAACACAAAAUUUGGGCUAGGGGUUGGAAUGCAUACUGGGAUGGUGGGUUUUGCUAUGGAGUAAGAGAAGGUGCAACACAGGUUAAGUAUGUGGUGGAUCUGAACCAACAUACUUGCAGUUGCAAUGCAUGGCAGACCUACAUGAAGGCAUAUGAAUUUUUGUUAGAGUCUUUAAAUGGUCCUCAAGAGUGGCCUACUUCUGAUAGCAUUGUUGUGGCUCCAAAGGUGAAAAAGGUCAAAGGAAGACCUAAAACAAAGAGGAGAUAUGGUGUUGGAGAGGUAACUGCAUCUGGUAAGCUGAAGAGAACAGGUUGUUCUAUGAAAUGCAGCUUAUGUGGUGUGAUAGGACACAACAAAAGGGGUUGCAAGAAUGCCCCUAAGCAACAACAACACAGCAACAAUCAUGCUACUGCAGAGCAGACCACACCACAGCAACAACACCCAAGAACCAGUUCAGCUAUACCAAUGCACAAUAGGGGUGUGGGUAUUUAUACCUACCCAAAUGGGUGUCACAGAAUAGCUACUGUAAGUCAUUCAAUAGACUCAAAUUCUUUCUUACAUGUUACUUUACUGUACUGA